AGACAGAUUGUAGAAUAGAAUAGAAUAGAAUAGAAUAGAAUAGAAUAGAAUAGAAUAGAAUAGAAUAGACAGAUUGUAGAACAGAACAGAACAGAACAGAAUAGAAUAGAAUUCCAUUUCCUUAGCAACAAUGCAGAUAAUUUCCCGCCCCCUCUUCUGGAAUGAUUUCCUGGAUCUCCUGAUGGCUGGAUCUCCUGAUGGCCUCCCAUCCACCCUGACCUGGCUUGCUAUUUGAAAAUCAGUCAAGCCGCUCGAGGCGUGAAGCGCGCGCACAGGCGCGAGCCGCCCGGCCAAUGAGACGGCGAGGCCGCGGCCACGUGACGCGGCGCGCGGGGUCUGCGAACCGGAGCGCUCCAGCCGAGGUUUUGUGAUCCUGAGAUGCUAGACGAAAUAUGCCCACAAUAAAACUGAAUGGCAUUACUAUUGACUUUCCAUUUCCACCCUACAAAUGUCAGGAGGAAUAUAUGUCCAAAGUGCUUGAGUGCCUGCAUAAGCAAGUGAAUGGGAUCUUGGAGAGCCCAACAGGCACGGGGAAGACAUUAUGCCUUUUGUGCUCGACCUUGGCAUGGCAGGCCCACUUCAAGGAUGCUGUUACCGCACAAAAAAUUGCUCAGCGAUUGAAAGGGGAAGAGCUCUUUCCGGAUAAACCCUCGUCGUCCUGGGGCGAUGCUGUCACAGGGACCGAAGUCUCAGCUUAUUACAGUGAUGUCCCUAAAAUAAUUUAUGCCUCCAGAACACAUUCUCAGCUUACUCAGGUCAUCGGUGAAUUGAAGAAUACUGUUUACAGGCCCAAAGUUUGUGUGUUGGGAUCCAGAGACCAGCUUUGCAUCCACCCUGAAGUUAAAAAGCAGGAAACCAAUCAAAUGCAGAUCCACUUGUGUCGUAGGAAAGUGACAAGUCGUUCGUGUCAUUUCUUUAACAACGUGGAAGAAAAAAGCACCGAGAAAGACCUGAUCAAUCCCAUCUUGGACAUUGAAGACCUGGUUAAAAAUGGAAACAAACACAGAGUUUGCCCUUAUUAUCUUUCUAAGAGUCUCAAACAGCAAGCCGAUAUCAUUUUUACGCCUUAUAACUAUCUGCUGGACUCAAAGAAUCGAAGAGCUCACAACCUGGACUUGAAGGGGGCCAUAGUAAUACUGGAUGAAGCUCACAAUGUGGAGCAACUGUGUGAAGAAUUGUCAUCGUUUGACUUGACUCCCUGUGACUUAGCUUUAGCUAUUGAUGCUAUCAACGUCGUCUUAGAAGACCAAGCCAAAAAAGUUGAACGGAAUGAAAUUAAGACUGAAUUCAAUAUGGAACUUGUCAAUUCAGGGCUAAACAUGGAACUUGAAGAUAUAGCAAAAAUAAAGCGGAUUCUCCUGCAGCUGGAAAGCGCUAUUGACGAUGUAACGAUCCCACCGAGUCGAGAUGGACUAACGAAAGAGGGAAGCUACAUAUUUGACUUGUUCGCAAAGGCUCAAAUCACGUAUGAAACUCAGAAUUCUCUCUGUGACUCACUGGAACAAAUUGCGCAGUAUUUAGCUGGCUGUUCUGGGAUAGUCACUAACGUUGCUGGACUGCAUAAACUUAUAGAUGUAAUUAAGAUUCUUUUUAAUUUUGGUCCAUCCGAAGGGACAUCUGGCAUACUAGGAAGCCAUGCGUUAUCAAAAUACUAUAAGGUCCAUAUCCAUCCCGAUGACUAUAAUAAACAACGAAAGCCCAGGACCGAUUUGUGGAGCUCAGUGUCAACUAAGAAAAACGGGAAGAUCUUGAGUUACUGGUGUUUCAGCCCCGGAUUCAGCAUGCACGAGUUGGUUCGUCAGGGAGUCCGUAGCAUCAUUCUGACGAGUGGCACCCUUUUCCCACUUUCUUCUUUCGCUUUGGAGAUGCAGAUACCGUUCCCAGUUUGUUUGGAAAACCCACAUGUGAUUGAUAAACAUCAAAUUUGUAUAGGGAUCAUCCCCAAGGGACCGGAUGGAAAAUUGAUGUGCUCCACUUACAAUUACAGAUCUACACCAGAUUGUCUGUCUUCUACUGGGCAAACCAUAGUUAAUCUUGCACGAAUAAUACCAAAUGGACUCCUGGUGUUUUUUCCUUCAUAUCCGGUCAUGAAUAAUAACCUGGAAUUUUGGAGAACCCAUGAUAUUGCCAGAAAAAUAGAAGCACUGAAGCCAAUGUUUGUAGAACCGAAACACAAAGGAGCAUUCACAGAGGUUAUGGAUGCCUAUUAUGAAAAAGUGGUCUGCCCAAAAUCAAACGGUGCUAUUUUCUUGGCUGUGUGCCGGGGAAAGGCUAGCGAAGGUUUGGACUUUGCUGAUCAGAAUGGACGAGGGGUCAUCAUCACUGGGCUUCCAUACCCCCCUUUGAAAGAACCCAAAAUCAUGUUAAAGAUGCAAUUUUUGGAUGAGAUGAAGACAAAAGAUGCCAAUGGGCAGUAUUUGUCUGGAGAUGCCUGGUACCGGCAGCAGGCUUCCCGUGCCGUGAACCAAGCUAUCGGAAGAGUCAUCCGACAUCGGCAAGAUUACGGCGCCAUUUUCCUCUGCGACCAAAGGUUCACGCGGACAGACAUAAAAGCCAACUUGCCUUCCUGGGUCCGCCCUCACGUUAAAACGUACAAAAACUUUGGACAUGCAAUCAGGGACGUUUCUCAAUUCUUCCGUACUCUCCAACAGUCUAUGCCAGGGGCGCCCCCUCCUCGCCAUCUUUCUUCUUCAAUCACUGCAGGAGAAAAUGAAUCUCCCUCUGCAUCUUUUGUUCCGUGCAAGCAAUUCCCUACUGGGACCAAAGCCAGCGUGUUGGAAGACCACGUUCCUAGUCUGAAAAGGAAGCGGAUCGGUAACGGAGAGGCCGGGGCGUACAUGGCCUAUGAGCAGGGACCAUCAUCCUCUUCCAGAAGGCAGCCUGGAGGCCUCUUGGAUGCCCUGGAGCACAACGAUAAAAGCUGUAAUGAAACAAACCAGGAGAAAUGCUGGCCAGGAGAAGAAUCGGCGAAGCGUAUCUCAACUCUGUCCCUUCAGUAUGAAAAGAAAAUGAUGGAUCAGCAGAAAGGCAGUGGCAGGAAGAAAAUCAAGAUAGUCAGUGGUUUGCAAACUAGUGGGGUACCUGAUUCUUCGGAGCCCAAGACAGCCAGAGCUGUUGCUUUUAUGGCAACAGUGAAGAAAUCUCUGAGCCGGCUAAAUUUUGAUAUAUUUUCACAAACCCUCCAUCAGUACAAAAGAAAACACGAUUUCGAUGCUAUGUUAUUUCAGUUGAGUGGUCUUUUCUUGCAGGACCAAAACACCCACGUCCUAAUGCGAGACUUUUACCAGUUCAUUCGGCCUCAGCACAAAAAGCAGUUUGACGAAGCUUGCCGUUCCCUGACCGGAAUCGGUUGCGGAUACAAACCGGAGCACAGCCUUCUGCCAGAAGAUAGAUUGUUGUUGGCUAAAAAUGCAGGACAGGAACGUGAGAAGAAAAUUACUUGUUUGGAAGAUUCCACUAAACAGCUGAAUUCCGUGCAGCAUUUAAACAAAGGCGGAUCCCACCUGACGGCUGACUUAAAUGCAAAAGGAGAAAGCAGUGCCAAGGUGUCUGAUGUCUUCCGCCAACGUCCGUUCAGCACCACCAAGGAGAAUGACAAACAGACAUAUCUGUCAGCUUAUUUAAAUGACCUCAAGACGUCCCUGGACAAAGCCAGCUAUAAUACCUUUAGGUCCACACUCCUCAACUACAAGAAGACAGAUGACUACGACUCGUUGUUACCUGUGGUGGUAGGCCUCACUACGGAAAAGCCAGAGAACUUUCACCUUCUCCAGAGAUUCGCCCCUUUCGUCCGCCCGCAUCACAAGGAGCAGUUCCUACAGAUGUGCAGAGAACUGACUGACAUGGCUUCCCCAGAGGAGAACAAUGAGACAUGUUGCUGUGAUUGUUGCAUGGAUGAAGAACCAGAGCAGUUCCAAAAUCCAGACCCACAGGAAGUCGAGAGAAGGCUCAGCAGAUUACGAAAAUCCAUCGAUGAUGACAGCCUACCUCUCUCUCCAAUAGGUGGUGGCUACAAGUGUGCUAAAUGCAGUUCUGAGCAUGAUGUGCCCUUAAAAUGCCAGCAGUGUUCCUUCACGUGUUGCAACAAAUGUUGGGAGAAUUCCUUAAAGCUUGCCAAGAAGUGCCCAGCAUGCCAAUCGGAUACCAAGAGAAGACACUUGGCCAUAUCUUACUGGCCAGAUCCACCCGUGAAAGACAAGUAGAGUGAAUACUUGAGAUGCUCAAUAAGGAUCCACAGACUUGUGUGGUUUGCUCCAGCUGGUCUGUGUUGGAAGAGGGACAAAAAAAAUUGCAAGUGAUUUUAAGGCACCUUUCUGGACCCUACAGCCCCCCCCCACUCCCUUGGGGUUCCUCUCCCCUUAAGAGAAGCCACGUGGGUCCACAUUUAGCCUUCUCCAAAUAUUUGAACCAUUCAAGUGCUCCUGUCAGUUUCAGCAGUCCAGACGGCAUUUAAAUCAGAGUUAACAUUUUUAUUAUCUUUUUUCUAAUAAUGAUCGCGGCAGCGAGGCCAGGUACCCCAAAGCCCAUUGUCUUUAUUAUGUUAAAAUUAAAAAGGACUUUCCAAUGUGGA